AUGACCUCCCGAUCCGCCAUCUCGUUCCUUCUGCUCCUUUCCCUCGCCCUACCCUCCCUCGCCCAGCCCUUCUUCCGCGACACAAAACUCCGCCUCGGCUCCACUAACUACUUUGCCGGUAUCCCCGUAUCCCUCGCCCUCGUCCCUGCAGACCCUUCCCUCCUUCUCGUCGGUACCACAGGCGGUACCAUAAGACUCAUUCGCGUCGCCCGCGAAGGCCUCCUUUACUCUGUCGUCAAGGAGCUCGGUGAGGUCUCGGUCGGCGAUCGUCGCUCCGUCCUCGGUAUUAACGCGGAUCCUUUUGAACCAAACACUUUCUUUGUCUCGACAAGCGUACCGUUUUGGAGGGAAAGAGGUUUUGGAGAAGAUGGCUGGCAGAACGGCAGGAUCGAAAGACUGUUCUUUAAACCCGAAACGUUAGAGAUACAGCUGGACGAAAUCGCAGCCGUGAAGGGCUUGCCUGCCAGCCCAACAACUGCUGGUGUGUACUCUGCGAUUGUGGAUCCGCUCACGGCAAGGUUGCUCAUCAGCAUCCCUGCCUUCAACAAUGGUGGCGUUCCGACCGAGGAUGGAGCGCUGCCCGAUUCCGUGUUGAGUGGUGCAAUCCUAGACGUAGACAUUCGUCGCGGUGGAACUCUUCGAGUGAAAUGGUCUAGCUCUAAUCCCAAGGUGGCCGUUCCUUUGGACACUCCCGAGCAAAGCGGGAUCGCUAUUUAUGCCGAAGGAAUACGUUCGGCAUUCCAAGUCGCCAUCUCGAGAUUCAAUAGACCUUUUCUCGUUGAUGGGGGUGCGAACGUGGGUCGUGGUGAGCGCUCAUUAUCGUGCUUCCGCUCCAGGCCAUUCCUGAAAUCCUUCCCAGACAAAGUCAUUCGUGUUAGAAGAGGGGAGUACUACGGGCACCCGAACAGACAGCGGGAGCAGUGCACGUUCAUUUCGCCCGAGAUUAAACCGGAGGUCGCGCGGUCGAGAUUCCCAGGGUACACGCCGCCGCUCUUCACUAACAUGGAGGCUAUUCGGAAGGGAGACGUCGGGUCAGGCACGGUCGGGGUUGCGUUCUACGAGUCCAACUUGUUCCCAGGGUUCCGAGGGACGCUUCUGGGGAGCGAUUCGGUGCUGGUGUUCGAGAGCGGUCGCGAGGGUCGGAAGGCGCCCGGGCUGGUCGCGUACAGCCUGAAGAAGCAGGUGGCGGUUCGGGUGGGGGGCACGGCCGGGACGUGUCUCGCGGUGAACAUUUUCGGAGACGUGUUUGCGGCGCAAGCGCCGAACCGGACGAUCGGUGUGGCGGUGCCGAAAGUCGGGCCUGCGCGGCGAGGGGCGAAGGGGAUCUGGUCGGUGUUCCCGAGCCGCGGGGUGCCCGGCAGCUACAUGUUCGUGACGGGCGUGGGCUUGGCGGUGGAUGGCGGGAUUGAAAUCGGAGGGAAUAAGUGCACGGAGGCGGAGAUUGUGGACGGGAAGUUGUUGUUGGUGCGGUGCAAGGUGCCCGGCGUGGAGAGUUUCCAACGCACGCCGCUGGAUGUUUCCGUCGGCGAGUUUAAACUGACGUCCGCUUUCACGAUCUUGAACCCGCUGAUCGCGCAACCCUCGGUUGGCGAGAUCGGCGACGACGACGGCAACGGCGACGAGGACUUGUCGGAGGAGGGGUCGCCAGAGGGGUCGCCGGAGGAAUCGGCUGAGGAGUCGGCUGAGGAAAAUUUGAUCCUGUCCCCGAGUGACGGCUCCGUUGUUCGGGAGUUCUCAUCGGAGGACUUGGAACUGUAA